ACGUAUACACAUCAGAUUUAAGAAAUUUUAUGAGGCGUUCAUUAGUUAUAACCAAAGCAAGCAUAAUAUGCUUUAAAUUACACCGAAUUGUACAAACUAUCUAAAUCUGCCGUCAGUUAUUGGGUCAAUCUGCGUAAAUAACUAUGUAUGGACCAAUGAGCCUGUGUUCAAUUGUACGUAGCCAUUUGCCAUCCUUGAAUUUAAAAAGUAUUAGAUGAGCUUUAUCGAUUUUUAGUUGAUUGUUUGCACGUGAAUAAAUUCAGGUGCAGAAUGUCAUCGGACCCGUUACGCUGGGGUUUCUGCUGUGCUGGUAGAAUAGCCAGUGAUUUCUCGUUAGCAAUGGAUAAUGUUCUGUCAAAUGGACACCACAAAGUAGCCGUGGCAGCGCGUGAUAGUUCCAAAGCAGAAGAAUUUGCUAAAUCACAUAAUUUUGGCAGAUCUUAUGGUAGUUAUGAAGAGCUUGCUGAGGAUAGUGAAGUAGAAAUAGUAUAUGUAUCCUCCUUGCAUCCGCAACACUACGAAUUAUGUCGAUUGUUUUUGGAAAAUGGGAAAAAUGUUUUGUGUGAGAAACCACUUACGAUGCAGUUGAAACAUACAGAAGAUUUAGUGGCGUUGGCCAGGGAGAAAAAAUUGUUCUUCAUGGAAGGAUUCUGGUCGAGGUUCUUCUCUGUUUAUGAAAGUGUGAAACGGCAUAUUGAAAAUGGAGAUAUAGGUGAAGUGAAGCAAAUACAUGCUCAUGUCCACUCAGCCAAUCCCAUUGAGAGGAUGACAAAGGCAGACUUGGGCGGCAGUGUGUGGUUCGGUGUUGGAGUAUACACUCUCAAUCUGGUCGACUUCAUUUACAACUCCUGUCCACUUGAAGUGUCCUGCCAUGCUCAUCAUUUUGCUCCAAAAGUGGACCAAGAUGUAGCGGUGUGUCUCAAGUACGGCGGAGGGAGGCUUGCUCUACUAUCAUCGUCAAUGACAAGCGUGAGACCAAAUAAUGCUUUAAUAUGCGGAACUGAUGGGUAUAUAGAGAUCAAAAGUAGACUUGUAUGUCCACUAGAAUACGAGAUAUUCAAAAAGGGAGACACUGAAACGACUCGUCAUUCGUUCGAUCUAACCAAAUUUAGAGAGAAGGAAUACUUUUAUGGAAACUGCGCGGGGUUUUGUUACCAGAUAGAACAUAUCAGAAAAUGUCUGCGAUACUUGAAAGUGACUGAAAGUCCAGUUAUGACUUUAGACUCUUCUUUGAGAAUGGCUAGAAUCACCGAUACAGUGGUGAAGCAAAUUUCUGGAUCCUUUGAGGGCUAAUCUAGUGAAUUGGCGUUCCAGUUGGUGCUGCUAAGAUCAGAAGUUCAAGUACCGUGUCUAUUGAAUAUCAGAUAUUGUUAUUGAGAUAUUGCUGUUGAUAUAUUCCAGAUAUUGUUAUUGAGAUAUGCCAGUUAUUAUUUU